AUGAGCAAAGAUGACGACGUGAUGGAUUUUAUAAAUUCCCUUCCGGACCUGCACCUGGGCACCCCUGGCCCCAAUGAUUCAACAGCUGGCGGUGACGACUUCUUGGAGUUCCUUGACGAGUUGUCUGCCCAUGAGAAAUCUACGCCUCAAAAGGGUAAACUAGGCCCUAGAAAGGAUAAGAAGAUUGAGCCAGUCAAGAAUAAGCCUGUUGAGAGUGCUCUGUCUUCUGUGACUGAAAAAGCUGCUGAGGUUGCUGACUACCUUCUGCCUCAGCUUCCAGCAGAGAAGAGUGCUUCAGUAGAGCUUCAGGAGAAGAUUGAAGAGGCUUCUCAAAUGAGUGACCCAUUUGCGUCUUUAUCGCUGUGGUGGUCGUCUGAGGGAUCCAAGAAAGCUCUGUCUUUGUGGGGCUCCUUAACCUCGAAUGCAACUCAGUUGGGAGAGCAAACAUACCAAUUGGCAUCCAACACGUCCCAGCAGAUAAGCCAUUCUAGGCAGAAGCUUUUGAGCGAGAAUCCUGCUUUGGAUAACGACCAGGUUUCUCAUAUUACAUCCAGACUUAACACGAUUCUUAGCAGUGUCUCACAACAAAUCAAAGAUGGCCUUAUGGACCGUGAAGACGAAUUGUUGAACAUUAUGCUCGUGUAUGACGUUUCAAAUAUGGACUAUUUGGAUAAGGUUUGUGCGUCAAAGUUUAACAAGGUUAUGUCGCAGGUUGAAGGUGGUAUCAGGGUAACGGUGAGCAACUUCAACCAUCGCCAUGAACUGCGUGAAGGAACAGGUCCUUAUUUCGACUUGGAUAUUUUCUUUGGCAAGAUUAUUGAUGGUGAAAAGUUGUGCUACGCCAACCUCGAUUCAUCUAUUAAGGAUUACCUCAAAAUCACGGAAUCUGAAGAAAAGGCUGAGGCCGCUGACAAAGAGAAGGAGUUGAAGGAGGCUGAGGAGAAGCUCAUGGCCAGAGAAGGCGAUUUGGAUAUCAACAGCAGCAAUGUCUUCAUUGCUAUCCAGCCUAUCAGUACCGGUAGCGCUGAAAAAUCUAAAGAGCCAACUGAAAGAGAGACUUCAGCCACAGCUCCUGUUCUCAUUGACUCUACAAAUUCAGAGUCGUUUGCAUUUGCCUUGAUUUUAAAGGAUAUCACCAACAAAAUUACCAUUUCAACGAAAUCCCAGCCGUUCCCAUUGAAAUGGGCCAGAUGGGUUGCAGGUGAUAGAACGGAAGUACAAGAAUUCUUUGGAGGUGAAAGCACUGACGAAGCUGUUGAUCCAAGUGAAUGGGUCAAGGAAUGGAUCCAAGACGGUCUUUCGCUCAGUUUCGCCGUGUUGGCCCAGGAAUACGUCACUAAAAGAAUGGGUAUCUAA